UCCCUUGACAUUCCUUUUUGUUGAAAGAUGGCAGACGAAGCACUUGCAAGAGCAGGCCUUCAUUUUGAUGAAUUAAACAAAAUAAGAGUUUUGGAACCAGACGUAGCCCAACAAACAGUAGAACUGAAAGAAGAAUGCAAAGAAUUUGUUGAUAAAAUAGGGGAUUUUCAAAAGAUAGUGGGAUCAUUCAUUGAAGUAGUUGACAAUGUUUCCAAGGAAGUUGAAAAAGAGAAGAUGAAGGCUCUUGGAUCCAGAAAUUUACUCAAGUCUAUUGCGAAGCAACGAGAAGCACAACAACAACAAUUACAAGCACUUAUAACUGAAAAGAAAAUGCAGUUAGAGAGAUUACGAAUACAGUAUGAUGCUUUACAGAAAGAAGAAAAUGAACAAAAUGAAUUCAUAGAACAGUUCAUAUUACAAAAGUGAUUUACAGAGUCUGUCCAUGUUUGUAUUAUUGUAUGUGUCUUAGAAUAUGUUAAUAAAAUACAUGUAUAUAUA